AUGGCUGUUAAGAGACAUGUAUGUCUGCUGGGACUCAUCAUUCUCUGCUCACAACUCACAGGCGUGACUGCAGUGACUCAUGUGUUCAGAAGUUCUGGUGAAAAUGUCGCUCUGCCCUGUAUUAAUGCUCUUUCUAACUGCACUUCAACUACAUGGAACUACAACAAUCAUAGUUCAUCAGCUGCAGUAGAACUGAUUAAUGGAGGAAUAAAGAAGAAUAACACAGAGAGAGCUGAGAGACUGAGUCUGGGGUCUGACUGCUCUCUGAACAUCUAUAAAACAACAGAAGAUGAUCAUGGACAAUACACCUGCAGACAAUAUGUGAAUAGACAACAACAUGGAAAUGAUGCACAGAUUUUUCUACAUGUUCUUUAUUUUUCUCCAUCAUCAACACAGACUGAGAUGAGAUCAGGCAGCUCGGUGACUCUCACCUGUCAGUUGUUUUUAUAUGAAGACUUUUGUAAGCGUUUUAUUCAUUCUGAGGAUCUUCAGCUGUUCUGGGUGAAUCAGGCUGAUGUUAAUCUGCUGAGCGACUCCAGAUAUCAGAUAGUAUCACCAGGACCCUGUAUCAUCACUCUGACUACAAUACUCCUGAAUGAAGACAACAACACAGAGUGGAGAUGUUUGGUUAAAAUGAAGAAUGAGAUUAAGACCUCAGUCAGCUAUACUGUCAGGUUUACAGCAUCAGCUACAGCAACAAACUCUAAAAUAACUUCAAGUCCUCCUGCAUCAUUACCCCCUGAUGGUGGUGGCACUGGAGGCAGUGAUAGUAAAAUUGACCAGCAACCGGAUAAAGUGACUGUGAUUGUUCCAGUAAUUGCUGUAGUAGUUUUUCUCUUUGCUGUUGUCCUUCUUCUGGCGAUUUGGAAAAAAAGAGCAAAUAGAAGAAAAUCUAAUAACUCUGUGGUCACAGAUAAAGAUGACAAUAAUGGAAACAAUGACACAAUCGACAUUUCCAUUCCUCUUGAUGAGAAAGAUGAUGUGACUUAUUCAGAUGUGAUCACUUCCAGUAAAACACUAGCUAUAAAAAACAAUGUUCCUUCUGCUGAUAAUGUGACUUAUGCUGCCCUCAGAUGAGAAAAAGUUGAAGUCCAAGACAACAGGAGCAAACUUUAUGCCUCCGUUAAAACCCCUCGUAAAUACAUAAAAAAGGCCAAACUUAAAAAAGUGGGUUUUAGUCAAUCGCAUUGUAAAUAUAAAAAUGUAAGUUGUUUAAACAUACACAUUUGAGUGGUGAUUUUGUUGUGGUUUAACAAGGUUGUUUAGUGGCUUGAGAUGCAGUUAUGAAUUAAGAUGUAUAUGAUCUACUGGGAUUACUUUCUUCUGUUAUUUCAUAAUAUAUAUAUUUUUUGUU